UGUGCCUUAAGCUUCUCCUGUCCGACCCUGGGUCUGCGACUUGCCCUGUGUCUGUCUCCCCUCAUUUGACCCUCAUUCAGCAAGUCGAAGAUUCGCAGCAAUCGAUCCAAUCGAAUCACGACGGUCUCGUGGCAUUCGUUGACUUGCCCGCGUGACGAUUACGGACAAGCGACAAGCUCGCCUGAGCACCAAGCUGUGUGAUGUUGGGAACUGAUCGUUUGCUUAUUACAUAACAUCCUGCAGCAAGUAAGUACCUACCUAGCUUCAACACGAAGGACAUUUCGAUAUCUCUGGCGAAUCGCUCGUUGGGCACUGGGCCACCACGGUGGUGUAAUCCGCGGCAGAGCACCUAUUCCUUGCCUUCUCUAACAAACACUAACACACCAACUUCUCUCCUUCUACCUACAGACCUACAUAACCCUCCCGUCUCAACAACCCAAUCCCGACCCAACUGCGCAUCGCAACAAACCGUUUUUAUUUCCCAGCAGCUCAGCGCAGAGGGACUCGUCAAUACUCUAUCCCUAGCCGUUAUAAAGGCAUCCGUUACGCGCGAUCGAGAGACGCAGGUCACCCAAACGCAUCGAUAGCCCACAUCUCCGCAUGACGUCGUCAUUAGCAGAGCAUCCAGACCGGGCCCGCCCCGCAGGCAACGAAGGCCAUCAACAACAAUCGGAACAGCCCAAGUCUCGUCGCGAAGAGCCGGCAUCACGCCUCAGUACCGGUCGUCGCGACGGUGCGAGCGAAGACACAAAUCAGCAAUUCCUUGUCGGCGAACAGUCGCCACUGCUCUCUCCAGUCGAUAAUCAGGAUGGCUCCUCCAGCGAUCAAGGUGCCGACUCGGCCGACGAGUUCCAAACCACAAAGAGCGUAUGGUAUAUGAUCCUUUUGACCAUCAGCAUCGGCGGCCUGCAGAUUGCUUGGUCAGUUGAGAUGUCCAACGGAUCUCCAUAUCUGCUCUCUCUCGGCAUCAGCAAGUCUUUGAUGGCCUUGGUUUGGAUUGCUGGUCCUCUCUCGGGAACCUUGGUGCAACCAUACGUCGGCAUGAUGAGUGACAACUGUCGCAUCCGCUGGGGCAAGCGCAAGCCCUUCAUGCUCGGAGGUGCUGCCGCCACGAUACUCUCGCUGAUGUUCCUUGCCUGGACCCGAGAGAUUGUUACUGGCAUCCUCGGGCUCUUUGGUGCCGACCCUCAGUCCGAAAGCGUCAAGUUGUGCAUCAUUUGUACCGCCGUGCUCUGGAUCUAUAUCCUUGAUUUCGCCAUCAAUACUGUCCAAGCAGCGAUUCGCGCCUUCAUCGUUGACUGUGCGCCCACUCACCAGCAAGAAAUGGCAAAUGCUAUGGCCAGCAGGUUCGUAGGCAUCGGCAAUAUUUGCGGUUAUCUCGCCGGAUACGCCAAUCUUGCCCCAGUCUUUUGGUGGCUUGGGGAUAGUCAGUUCAAGGAACUCUGUGGUAUUGCCAGCCUUGCCCUUGGUACUACCGUUCUCAUGACUUGCCUUUUCAUCAAGGAGAGGGAUCCAAGACUUGAGGGGCCUCCAGCAAAGGAUAAGCCUGGGGUGGUUGCCUUCUUCAAGAAGAUUUUCACAUCGAUCAAACGCCUGCCGCCGCAAACCAAGAAAGUCUGCCAAGUCCAGUUCUGUGCCUGGAUCGGUUUCUUCCCCAUGCUCUUCUAUACUUCAUCCUACAUUGGAGAGAUUUACGCCGAGCCAUAUCUCGAAGAAAACCCGAAUAUGACUGACAAGGAGCUCGACGACUUGUAUGAAAGGGCAACACAGGUUGGCACUUUUGCCUUGCUCAUUUUUGCCAUCACAAGUCUGGCCACAAACAUCUUCCUGCCAUUCUUCAUCGCGCCAACCUACGAUCAAUCGAUGGUUACGGCCGUUGCCCCUGGCGAGGCUCCUGCAGUAGUAAUUAAGGAUUACGAGCCCGAACAGAGGUCAUGGACCCGUCAUCUGAUCAUCCCCGGAUUCACACUUCGCCGUGCCUGGAUGUUUUCGCAAAUACUAUUCACUGGCUGUAUGCUUUGUACCGUAUUCGUACGAACCGUUACAGCAGCCACCGUUCUCAUUGGUCUCGUCGGCAUCACCUGGGCUUUGACACUAUGGGCGCCCUGGGCAAUCAUCAGCGCUGAAAUAUCUCAGCGUGACGAGGAACGGCGGUCUCAGCAACAGCGCCUUUCACCCAGUCGCCUUGACAACCUGGAUGGGUACUCGUCCGAUGGAAACCAGGACAGCGACCUGGGCAAAGAUGAUGAAGAAGCAGCGGAUCAGGCAGGCGUGAUCCUCGGUAUUCACAACAUGGCAAUUGCCGCACCGCAAAUCAUUGCUACGGUAGCAAGCAGCAUCAUUUUCCGCCUCUUUCAGAAACCUCGAGGAACGCCCGGUGACCACAGUAUUGCCAUUGUCUUGGCUCUCGGUGGUAUCACUGUUUUAAUCUCGGCCCUCUUCAUCCACCGCAUUCGGGACGAGCCUACUGUUACCUAUGACGAAAUCAGUGCGGUAGAGGAAGGAGAUGCCGCUCCGAGACCGAAUGUACAUAGUCGAAGCCGCUCUUUCGAUCAGCCUCCACGAGCGAGUCUCGAACGUGCAACGCUUGUCCGCAACAAGAGCUUCGGUGGCAUGGAGUACUAAAAGCCUGCCGUAAACGCUCGACCUUUGAAACAUCGUUUGGUCGAACUUGACCUCAACUCUAUGUCAACUCAUCGAGGAGUAUAGACCAUUGGAUACGUACCAUACGCUACAAGUGUGGACCGUCAUACCUUCGGAAGAGCGGGCAAUUAUGAGAAGAUGCAGCGAGUUGGGUUUCUUUUAUCGUUUCGUUUGGGAUCUCUGGUUUUCUAGCCUGGGUAAUGGUUCAUCAGCGCCGCGCACUUUGUUCAUCUUAACGUGCUGGGCCACACAACGCGAUCGUCGUGUCUCGGUAAGAAUUUUUCCUUCCAGGAUCCUUGGGGUGACAUCUUCAGAACAGUAAUCCUCAUCAGAAUUUAGUUUAGACAGUGGUCUAGGUUUAAGACAGGAAACUAUCACACUUGCCAUGCUUUCCGAGGUAAAAGGCCGUGAGGUUGCUAAAGCUACAACAGUCCAAUGCAUUCUGAUACCCUGACCCGGAUCUGAUCAAGCUGUCAAGGUUAUCAUCACGCAACGGCUGAGAGUCUCUAUGAAGCCUCCAAUAGGCUAUAAUCAGCCCCAUGUGGUUGAUGCCGGGGGAAGAUCAUUACAGGCUAAACUGCGAGGACAUCGAUCCUGCUGAUCAAUAUCGCCCGUACAUAGAAAAUCGGAAGCUGCCGUCCG